AUGACAGCCCAUGAUGCGUGGCAACGUCUCAUUGCUAGUUACGCCAGUGCCUCACGAGGACGUAUCAUAUCCCUCAAGGCCAAACUCACAAGGAAUCCGCGAGGGUCUCGGUCUAUCACCACUUAUCUCAAUGACAUGCGAGCCAUAGCUGAUGAUUUAGCGUUGGCUCAGUGUCCCGUAUCUGACAAAGAUCUACUCGUCUAUGUAUUGACUCAGCUAGGCGAGGAUUACAGCUCCAUCACAUCGGCCAUCCGCGUUCGUGAGAAGCCUCUUUCUUUUGGCGAGUUGGCGGCUGUGCUGACUGACCAUGAAGGCCAAUUGACAGAUGCAGAUGCUUUGCGUCAGUCCUUUUUUACUACUACUAAUGUUACUCAACGCACCUCGUCACCCUCACGGCGCAACCACCAGUCCAACACCAACCGGAGGGCCCGCAACAAUAACAAUCAUUAUGGCUCUAAUCGGCAACAAGGGGAACACAAUCGCUCAGGUAUCGUCUGUAAGUUUUGUUAUCUUACGGGUCAUGAAACAAGAGUGUGUUGCAAGCUAGCCCGAUUUUUGAAGGAGCAUGAUGUUCCUCCUGUUCAAUCCUAUGUAUCUCCUACAACCAAUUCGAUGACUGGGGAUUCUCCUCCCUGGAUGUUUGAUAGUGGGGUGUUGCACCAUGUGACACCAAGCCUCGCUCCUCUGCAGACUUUCACCGAGUAUAGUGGAUCGGAUGAAAUACGCCUGGGUGACGUCUCUAUGUCAUCUCUGCGAAAAUUUUACUGUUCCUCAUGCAAUGUUCAUAAAAGCCAUAAACUGCCUUUCUCUAAAAAUACACUUGUUAGCACUAAACCUUUGCAACUUGUUUAUACUGAUGUGUGGGGACCUACUGAGAACUCUAUUGAUGAAUUUCGCUAUUAUGUCAUUUUUGUAGACCACUUCUCGAAAUACAUUUGGUUGUACCCAUGA